AUGUCUGGCAAAAUCAUCAUCGAAAAUGGCCUCAAGGCCGCUGUAAAUGUGGGCUCCUCGAAAUUACCAAACGAAGUGUUGAAAAAUAGCUCAGCCCUUCUUUCGUCUCUCGCGGCAAAACCUCACGUCCUCCCGGAUCUUUCUUACGACUACAAUGCUUUGGAACCCGUAAUUUCUGCAGAAACCAUGACUAUUCAUCAUUCGAAGCAUCACAAUACAUAUGUGACUAAUUUGAACAAUACAAUCGAGAAGAUUGACUCUGCCAUGGUUGCAGGAGAUGUGUCGGGCACGAUCGCUCUUCAAGGAGCCCUAAAGUUUAAUGGAGGGGGUCACAUCAACCAUACUCUUUUCUGGGAGAAUUUGUCCCCAGACUCUACAUACGAUGAAAAUGGUGCUCUUGCAGGCGCCAUCAACGAACAAUUUGGUAGCGUUGAGAAUAUGAAAGCGGCUCUUGGUGCCUCUGCCAUUGCCGUGCAGGGAAGUGGAUGGGGGUGGCUAGGAUACAAUCCUAAUACUGGCUCUGUUGAAAUCGCAACGCUUCCAAAUCAAGAUCCUCUAGAAGCCACCACUGGACUGAAGCCAUUGCUUGGAAUCGAUGUAUGGGAGCAUGCAUACUACGUUGACUAUAGGAACCUAAGGCCCAAAUACGUUGAAGCAAUCUGGGACAUCAUCGAUUGGAAAACUGUGGAAGACCGUUUUGUUGCAGCAAAGAAGUAG